CUCAUCUUAAGUUAUCUUUAUUUUAUGAGAAAUAUAAGAACCAAUAUAGGCAUUACUACCACUAUAGAACAUUAGGAAGAGAUGGUGCGGGCUUUGAAGUAUCAUGAGAAGAAGCUUCUUAAGAAGGUUGAUUUCCUUGACUGGAAACAAGAUCAGGGACAUCGUGAUACUCAAGUUAUGAGAACAUAUCAUAUUCAAAAUCGAGAAGACUAUCAUAAGUAUAAUAAGAUUUGUGGAGAUAUUCGGAAAUUAGCUCAUAAAUUAUCAUUAUUGCAAGCUACAGAUCCAUUCAGAAUUAAGCAUGAACAACUUUUAUUAGAGAAAUUAUAUAAUAUGGGGAUAUUAGCAAAUAAAUCUAAGAUAUCAGAUUUAGAAAAUAAAAUAACUGUUAGUGCUAUAUGUAGAAGGAGGAUAGCCGUAGUCAUGUGUCGAUUAAAGAUGGCAGAAACUGUCAGUGAUGCAGUUACAUUUGUUGAACAAGGACAUGUUAGAGUUGGACCUAAUGUUAUAACCGAUGCAGCAUAUUUAGUUACUCGAAAUCUUGAAGAUUAUUUAACAUGGGUGGAUACAUCUAAGAUUAAGGCCAAUGUUCUUAAGUAUAAGAAUAAGAUUGAUGAUUUUGAUUUAGCAUAGGGGUAUCAUAGUGUAUAGUAGAUCAAGUAUAGGUCAAUAUAAAUAAUAGAAUAAUGAAUCAGAAUAAGAAGGAGUAGAGAAUGUAGUAUU